UUCAUAGAAGCACUCUUUUAGUCUCUGAAUCAUUCUAUCAAGCACAAAGCAACAAGCAGCAGGUAAUUGGAAACUGAAGACAGAGAUUCACAGGGGUCUUGCAGCGGCCAUGGACCAGAAUAGUGUGGAACUGCAGGCAGAAAGAAUUCUUGAACUUCUCAAGGAAAAACAUGUGUCAACAAUUGUUCUUUCUGGGAAAUCAGGAAGUGGGAAAACAUGGAUGGCAAGAAAAGUUGGUCUGCUGGCAGUCAAAAAGAAAGUAGUUGACAUUACACUUUGGAUUUCUCUGAGUAUUAGGCAUGAUGAGACGUCUCUUUAUGAGCAUAUUGCUCAUCAGUUAUCUCUACUUUCCACUUCUGUGGAGCUGGAAAAUUAUGAUAUCCAGGAGGUAGAGAAUAAUGUUGGUAAGGAUGAAAACCUUGGAGAGAUUGAAAGAAAAGGUACGCGCAAGACUUUCAGCUGAUAAUGUUCUUCGGGGGGUUCUUGUAAUUUCGGAUGAUGAAGGAAACAAAAUGAGGGAAGGGGAUGGAGGCUUAGAACAAGUCUUUCACUCUAUCCAGCAGAACUCCCACCACCAUUCAACAACAGCUGCUGAUGGAGAUGGACAGCAAAAACUUAAGGUGCUGAUAACUUCUAGAAAUGAAGAUGGAAGGCACCAAACCCAGGGGGGUAAGAAAGUGGUUGAAAUGAUGCCACUGACUCCAGAAAUGUCAAUUUUGUUGUUAAAGCAAGGAGCUGCGGCAAAAGUUUUUGAAAUUUCAGGUGUAGAAAGUGUAGUUGCAAAGUUCAUCAAUAGAAAAACAGAUCUUGCACCUGGUGAAGUAUCCUUGCUAGCAAAACUAUUAAGUUACCAUCAACAAGUUUCUGAACUGCAGGGUCUGGAACACACUUUGGAAGAAGCAUGGUAUGGUGAUAACUACAACUGCACCCAGCUGCUCUUAAGUGGAUAUGAAAAGGUGUCAGAUGGUGUUUUAGUUGACUUUUCUUGGCAGGGCAGCCAUUUUUUCCGUGAUAAUGGAUCUGUUCACUACAGUGAGUUGAUAUCAUACUGGAUACUGGAAGGAUAUCUUGGUCCUGUUAAUAGUCUUGAGGAGGCUUAUGAGGAGGGGCACCGCAUUUUGAUGCAGCUCAUGGACUGUCAAAUGUUGAAAGAAGUGAAUGAUGAUUUCGUCCACAUGGUGAGAGUAACUGGAGAUGUUUCUUAUCAUCAUCGUCGUGGUUAUGGAGGAACAGCUAAUCUGGGGUUGGCUAAUGUGCUUGUUAAAAGUAAUGAUUGGCAGGGUAUUGGAAAACUCACAAAGGUGGAUGGUAUGAUCAGAACACUUGGCAGUUAUAAAAGAGUGCAGCAACCAUUAACAUUUUUACUAGAUGGCAACUGUCUCAGCAGGGAAAACCCAAAUAAUCUCUUACUCAGCAAUCAGGAGCUGCAGAUUCUGCGUCUUUUCAGCCUCAGAAUUGCAUCCUUUCCUCAUUCUUUCAACAACUUCAAAAAACUGAAUGUUCUUGUGCUCAGGGACCGUGAUUUCUUAGAAAAGAUCGAUGACAUUCGAGAACUAGUGACAUUAACUGUCCUUGAAGUAUCUGGUUCUGGCUUGGUGAAAAGUAUGCCCAAAAACUUUUUUCAGCACCUGAAGAAACUUCGUAGCCUCCACUUCUCCGACUUUCAGAUUGAAGUCAUGCCUGAUUCUUUUUAUCACCUUACAGAACUCAGCUGGCUCAUUCUAAAAAGGUUUUCUCAUUUAACAAAGUUGCAGAGCCUGAAAGAGUGUCAAAACCUUAUGGUUGUUGAUCUUUCUGGUGCUGCCUCCUUGCCAACUUUUCCAGAAAAGAACUUGAAAUCAUUGCCGAAACUUCAAACAUUAAAUCCUUCAAGCUCCAAGAUCAAAUCUUUGCCUAUUUUUCAUGAAACUGGAGAGCUUACUCAUCUAUCAGUUAGUGGUUGUACCAACAUGGAUAGAGUGCCCAGCAUUCGGUCUCUAACUAAUCUGCAAGUUCUUGAUCUUUCAUGGUCAACCAUAGUAGAGUUCCAGGACAAGUCAUUUCAAAAUAAUACAAGUCUGAAGAUCCUUGAUUUAUCUGGAACUGCUAUUCCUUCAUUACCUUUUAACAUCAGUAAACCUCGUGAGUUCUAUUUGAAAAAAUGCUCUGAGAUAAAAUACAUGAAUUGUAUUGAAUCUUCCAAAGAACUAGAGAUACUUGAUUUUUCAGGUGCCUGUAAUCUUGUAAAAAUUGAAGGAAAGUUCUUUGAAUGUUUAUGUAAACUAAAAAAAAGGGAGAGAAAAAUACUCUUCUUCAUCUCAUUCUUGGACUACACAAUAUACAAAUAUAUAUACACAAGUGGAUACUAUAAUCAUAUGAUACUAUAAUCAUACUAUUA